AUGGCGGAUGCCAAUAAGGCCGAGGUGCCCGGGGCCACUGGUGGCGACAGCCCGCACCUGCAGCCCGCGGAGCCGCCGGGCGAGCCGCGGCGAGAGCCGCACCCCCCGGAGGCGGAGAAGCAGCAGCCGCAGCACAGCAGCAGCUCCAAUGGCGUUAAAAUGGAGAAUGAUGAAUCAGCAAAAGAAGAGAAAUCUGACCUAAAGGAAAAAUCUACAGGAAGUAAGAAAGCCAAUAGAUUUCAUCCUUAUUCAAAAGACAAGAAUUCGGGCACUGGAGAAAAGAAGGGUCCAAAUCGUAACAGAGUUUUCAUUAGCAACAUCCCAUAUGACAUGAAAUGGCAAGCUAUUAAAGAUCUAAUGAGAGAGAAAGUUGGUGAGGUUACAUACGUGGAGCUCUUUAAGGAUGCGGAAGGAAAAUCAAGGGGUUGUGGUGUGGUUGAAUUCAAAGAUGAAGAAUUUGUAAAGAAAGCCCUAGAAACUAUGAACAAAUAUGAUCUUAGUGGAAGACCCCUUAAUAUUAAAGAGGAUCCUGAUGGAGAAAAUGCUCGUAGGGCAUUGCAGCGAACAGGAGGAUCAUUUCCAGGAGGACAUGUCCCUGAUAUGGGAUCAGGGUUGAUGAAUUUACCACCUUCCAUUCUCAAUAAUCCAAACAUUCCUCCUGAAGUCAUCAGUAAUUUGCAGGCCGGUAGACUUGGUUCCACAAUUUUUGUUGCCAAUCUUGACUUCAAAGUUGGUUGGAAGAAGCUAAAGGAAGUGUUCAGCAUAGCUGGAACUGUGAAGCGGGCAGAUAUUAAAGAAGACAAAGAUGGCAAGAGCAGAGGAAUGGGCACUGUCACUUUUGAGCAAGCAAUUGAAGCAGUUCAAGCAAUUUCUAUGUUCAAUGGGCAGUUUUUAUUUGAUAGACCUAUGCAUGUGAAAAUGGAUGACAAGUCUGUUCCUCAUGAAGAGUACCGUUCACAUGAUGGUAAAACACCACAAUUACCACGUGGUCUUGGAGGCAUUGGGAUGGGACUUGGUCCAGGUGGACAGCCUAUUAGUGCCAGCCAGUUGAACAUAGGUGGAGUAAUGGGAAAUUUAGGUCCAGGUGGUAUGGGAAUGGAUGGUCCAGGUUUUGGAGGAAUGAAUAGAAUUGGAGGAGGAAUAGGGUUUGGUGGUCUGGAAGCAAUGAAUAGCAUGGGAGGAUUUGGAGGAGUUGGCCGAAUGGGAGAGCUGUACCGUGGUGCGAUGACUAGUAGCAUGGAGCGAGAUUUUGGACGUGGUGAUAUUGGAAUAAAUCGAGGCUUUGGAGAUUCCUUUGGUAGACUUGGCAGUGCAAUGAUUGGAGGGUUUGCAGGAAGAAUAGGAGCUUCUAACAUGGGUCCAGUAGGAUCUGGAAUAAGUGGUGGAAUGGGUGGCAUGAACAGUGUGACUGGAGGAAUGGGGAUGGGACUGGACCGGAUGAGUUCCAGCUUUGAUAGAAUGGGACCAGGUAUAGGAGCUAUACUGGAAAGGAGCAUCGAUAUGGAUCGAGGAUUUUUAUCGGGUCCAAUGGGAAGCGGCAUGAGAGAGAGAAUAGGCUCCAAAGGCAACCAGAUAUUUGUCAGAAAUCUACCUUUUGACUUGACUUGGCAGAAACUAAAAGAGAAAUUCAGUCAGUGUGGUCAUGUAAUGUUUGCAGAAAUAAAAAUGGAGAAUGGAAAGUCAAAAGGCUGUGGAACAGUCAGAUUUGACUCCCCAGAAUCAGCUGAAAAAGCCUGCAGAAUAAUGAAUGGCAUAAAAAUCAGUGGCAGAGAAAUUGAUGUUCGCUUGGAUCGUAAUGCAUAAUUUCAAGCCAUGGUUGGAACAUUCCUACAUCUGUUUUGCUGAAUCUCCUAGUAAAAGUCAUUUUUUUAAAGUAAUAUUGUAUGCUUACAAAAGCUGUAAAAAUGAACUUUUAAAACUCCCACCAGCUUUUAACAGUAUAAUGUUAAAAAUAUACUGUAAUUUUUGUUAAUCUCAAGUUUGGGUUUUUAAAGACAGCAAGUCUGGUCAUUCAGUUUAAAUGAAUGGUUAUACUGUUUUUAAUGAAAUAAGCCAUUUUCUUGUUGUUUUCAGUACUACAUAGUUGGAUUUGUUUGUUCUGGUUUCUCCAGUUUUUGUCAACUUAUUGUAUGGUAAAACAGAUUUUUUUCCCCCCCAAACUUCUGUUUUAUAAUAUGUAAUUUUUCAUGAAAAGAAAGGGCUCAGAAAAAUUAGGAUGUGAUUUUGGUUGGUUUUAAAUUACUGUAAGUU